AUGUUAGAUACUAGCCAGAUUAAUGUAGACAAUGCCCCAGUCGAAUUAAAAUGUGCUUUGUUCGAUUUUCAUGAAAUACUGGAAUGUCGCUUUGAGAAAGCCCGAAAAGACCGAGCCAGCAGAAAAAGAGAGUAUGAAAUCGAUUCUCCGGAAUAUCUGGAAAAACUGGAAGAAAUGUUUUCAAAAACUCAGCAAAUAAUACAUAGUGGAAAAGCCCACUCAGAUGCUAGCCGAUUCAAUGGCAAUCCCCAAACUGGAAAAACCACUUUUGCAGCAAUUGCUAAUUCUCUUUCUGCUUCCGAUAAAGAAAACUUUCAUUUUUGA